AUGUUUUCAACAUCACGUCAAUUAAUCAAAUCAUCAUUAAUCCAUCGUUCAUAUUCUACUACUACUACUACUAAUGGAGCACCAAUAAAAGUUACAACGACAACUACUAGGAAAAAAGUUGGUGCAUUUAGAGGAGGAUUCAUUGGAUUUUUAUUAGGUGUGACUACAACAGGAGGAUUAUCAUAUUAUUAUUUAUUAGAUCAAUAUAAAUUAGCUAAUACUGUUGUUAUUGCUGAUAUUGUUGCUUUACAAAAUUCAAUUACUAAUUUGGAAAAACAUAUUAAAUCAUUAGAAGAAAGAAAAUAA